AUGUAUGUAACUAUCACGGAUGGCGAAAAUAUUGUUCAUAUGUUUGCCAAAGUUGCUGCGGCCGGGGAACAACUACGUUUACAAGCACCAAAGGUUUAUGAAACAGAAAUAUUUGCUUACACGAAACUGGCCGAAGUUUACAAAGGAUUAGAAAAAGAACACCAAGUACCUGAAGAAAACCGGUUAAAAUUUGCUAAAUUCUACGGUUGUAAUUCUACAGUAUUUGAAGAAACUCUAGUUCUUGAAGACCUUGUUGAAGAAGGUUAUGUAGCGUUUGAUAGAUUCAAGUGCUUCGACCUAAAAUACGCAACUAGUGCGCUGACAGAGUUAGCGAAAAUGCACGCUCUGUCAUUAGGAUACGGUGCAUACCAUCCAGGCGCCUACAUUGAAGUUAUUGAUUAUGUCAAUAAAGGAAACUGGGUGGCUCAUGCUGGUUCAGCUCUGGUAGGUUACCUGGAAACUGUUUUUGCUACGGCACUUAAGAACGCUAGAGAAGAAACCAAAGACAAGCUACAGAGGUUCCUUGAAAAGUUUGACAAGGCUGCGUAUGGUGAUUUUUACAGGACUUCUGGACCUCCAGUAUUGGGGCACGGAGAUUUUAGACCAAGUAAUUUGAUGCACAAGAUUUUGAACCAUGGUGCCAUGGAUAUUAAAAUAGUGGAUAUGCAGACACUAUAUGGAGGCAGCCCCGUUAUAGACUUACUGUUUUUCAUCUUUACUGGGUCUGACGAGCAGUUACGGGAACAGCAUUUUGAGACAUUGCUAGAUCACUACUACACCCAGCUAAAUGUGUCUAUGAAGAGGCUGGGUCUAGAACCCGAGAAGGUGUAUUCUAGGGAAAAUUUCCAGGCUGAAUUAAAGGAGAAACUUGUAUUCGGGCUGAUGAUCGCAGUAAUUACUUUACCGACAAUGUUGGUGAGGGACACGCCCGAAGUGAACGAGGACUUGAACUUUGCCACCUUUGCUGUGGAAGAGUCCAGCGAUCUUUACGUCGAAAGGCUGAACGGAGUUAUCAAUGAUUACGUUAAAUGGGGCAUACUCAAAUAG